CAAAGUCAAGCACUCAAGUCAAGUCUCCUUUACUUCUUGGCUUCCGGUUGGUCGAUCGGGGUCAUCACAACUUUCUUUCCCCCUUCCCUUGAGCUCAACAUUUUUCUUUAGCUUGGUGCCAGACUAUCAGUAGCACAGAGUAACCAGAGAAGGGAAGAGUGUCAGUAAUUAGGGGAGCGGCAAACUGGCGAUCGUCCAUGAGAAACAUCCCGAGGCGCUUCUUCAAGAAGACCAUGCCGACGGCCUCCCAAUCUCCAGCUCUGACACCUCGCCGGCCACCAAGGCGGACGCGGAGGAGGUCAAGAGGGCCGGCAACGAAGAGUACAAGAAGGGCCGCUUCGAGGAGGCGCUCAGGCUCUACGACCGCGCGCUGGUCAUGUGGCCGGACAACGCCGCUUGUCGGGGCAACCGCGCCGCCGCGCUCACUGGCCUCCGCCACUUCGGUGAGGCCGUCAAGGACUGCGAGGUGGCGCUCCGGAUCGAUCCGUCGUACGGCCGCGCGCACCAGCGCCUCACGUCCUUGCAUAUCAGGCUAGGACACAUCGAGGAUGCUCUGAAGCACCUCUCCCUCGCGUCGCCUCAGCCCGAUCCCCUAGAGUUGGAUAAACUGCAAACAGUGCAGAAGCACUUGGGGAAGUGUCUGGAUGCACGGAAAGCUAGGGACUGGAAGACCGUACUAAGGGAAGCUGACGCUGCUAUUGCUUCUGGAGCUGACUCCUCUGCUCUGCUCUUGGCCACUAAAGCAGAAGCCCUUCUUCCGCUCAAUCUGCUCGAUGAAGCUGAUUCGGCUAUCUCAAGUGCCUCCAAGUUGGACUAUCCAUUUUCGGGCUCCUCAGACACCAAGUACUGUGGGUUACUUGCCAAUGCAUACAUCUUGUAUGUACAUGCCCAAGUUGACGUGGCAUUGGGACGGUUCGACCAUGCUGUCUCCGCCAUAGAUAAGGCCAGGAUAAAAGAUCCGGGAAACACUCAAGUGGUAAGUAUGCAUAACAGAGUGAAAGCUGUGGCAAGAGCACGAUCCCUAGGGAAUGAGCUCUACAACUCCGGAAAAUUUCAAGAAGCUUGCCUAGCUUAUGGUGAAGGCCUCAAGCAAAAUCCUACAAAUAAAGUCCUGUACUGCAAUAGGGCAGCUUGCUGGUUCAAGCUAGGGCAGUGGGAGAAGUCUAUUGAGGAUUGCAAUGAAGCUCUCAAGAUACACCCUAACUAUACCAAAGCUUCGCUCAGGCGUGCAGCUUCCUAUGACAAGAUGGUGCGAUGGGCAGAAGGUCCCCAUGGCGUCACCGCGCUGGCCCAAGACCCCGUUAACUUGGCUGGUGGUCCAAAUGUCGGAAACCCGGAAAGGAGCAGUGAAGCAUGUGCGAACGAAGCGCUGGCUCAUCUGUGUAGAUGCAACAUCAAGGACAUCGAUGAAUCAUCUGCCCAGGGUCUCUGUGGCUCGGUGAGCUACGCGAAGGCCAAUGCAAUGCUGAUCGAGGUCCCAGUGUUAGGAACAACGAAAAAGUUCUGGCGAUUAUCUGAUAAAGCAACCAGGAUCAGCAGAAAACUUGUAUUGAUACUGAAUAGCCACCAUGCAGUUUGCAAGUACCUUACUGCUCCUUUGCAGGUGUCUAAUGUUUGGAUCAGCAGUACUGGGAUUGUCAAGCUAAGGGGCGUCAGUUUCACCAGUAAACACUUUAGCAUCGAGCGUGUGCGUGAUGAUUACAAGCACCUCUCUACGGUCUUACUUGUGUUGAUUAGUAUCUCAGGUGGGGAUAUCACCAAAUUGCCUCCCGACUAUGAGGAAUUCAUCAUGCUCUUGAGGAGGAACACUCUAACAGUGCAAGAUGAAUUCUUAAUUGUAAACAAUUCUGCACUACUGCCCAUGAAAAACCGAACCGAGGUCUUCCUCAUGCUAUGCGACAAAAUAAACAAAUGCCUUGGUCGUACGGAAGCCGGCCAAGCUAAGAGGAAGAGGAUACUUUCUAAGCUCCCCUACGAAAACGACUGGUUGGAUACUGCCAUUGCAAAUGAACGAAUCAAUCAGUGGGUUGUCAAUGUCCAGAACCCAUACGAGAGGACUCAAUACGACCAGCUGCGGCUCAAUAGAAACGUGAGAAGCCACAUGCAUGACUAUAACGACAAUGACGUCGAGGAAAUCUUGUACUGUGAAUGGCCAAAGCUGCUCAUGGAAAUGGUGAGGUUGUUACACGGGGAAGGAGAGCUCCAAGGCACUGACAUUCAAAACAAGUUCGGUUAGCUCUCCUGCUGCAACAUCCCGCAUUUCCUGUCCUCAGUGCGUUCGUUUUGGGGUCAUGGAGUCGUGUGUCUGUCACCUACUAUUAUAUAAUAGGUUACAAAACUAUCCUGUAAGUAAAACACAUCUCCUCUCGGUUGUUAUGCGAAUUGAGCAGGGCUAAAAACUCUAAACCUCUCCAUUUCUCCAUGUCAGAAACUUUGGUUACCCAACCCCAAUGUAAGUUUUAAAAUUUUUAUCAAGGUUGCUACCAAUAGACUCAUGGGAGUGGCAAGCAAAA